AUGCACCAGAAUGCACCAGAAUGCACCAGAAUGCGCCAGAAUGCACCAGAAUGCACCAGAAUGCACCAGAAUGCACCAGAAUGCACCAGAAUGCACCAGAAUGCGCCAGAAUGCACCAGAAUGCACCUGAAUGCACCAGAAUGCACCAGAAUGCACCAGAAUGCACCAAAAUGCACCAUAAUGCACCAGAAUGCACCAGAAUGCACCAGAAUGCACCAGAAUGCACCAGAAUGCACCAGAAUGCACCAGAAUGCACCAGAAUGCACCAGAAUGCACCAGAAUGCACCAGAAUGCACCAGAAUGCACCAGAAUGCACCAGAAUGCAGCAUUUCUCUAUUAAUUGUACAUGUGAUCGCAUGA